CCACUGCCUGGCCUAGGAUCUCGUAGACGGUAGGAGCGCUCACCUUUGAAUGGUGGUUCCAGCUGAGCUGGAAACCGCCGCAUGUCACUUUCCUUACCUGAGGCCAAGCAUGAGACCUCCUCCGAGCUAAAGGUACAGCCGGGGCGCUUGUUGGUACCGCAAACAAACGUACCUUCUUACUACUUUGCUUGUCAUCGCACUACCUCACCCAGGGUAGACAAUUUCCACUUCCCAAGGCUCAAUAAAGGGGAUUGAAAAAGGACCCAUGAUGAUCGUCAGAGCUGCCGAGGAGCUUUGCGCAUUCAAUUAAAUUGACUUUCGUCUCCCUGCGAUCGUGGAUCCUCGAAACACGGCGAUAGAACCUCCCGACAAAGCAACACCUGCCUCUUGUGUACCGCCGAUUUACUGCCUGGCCGCAUUUCUGCCAUCCCAGCUUUACCCGGCAGGGCACUUCAAAGAACAAUCUCUUUAUUCACUUCUCCCUACAGUCUCAUGGGCAGCCUGUGCUCAAACAUUGAAAAGGACGAUGCACCUGGCGAGAAGGAUUGUCAGGGUAGAAGGGACACCAAUGCGAAUACCAUCAUCACACGACUCUCAUCCAAAAGGCUGCGGAAGCUUCGACGUCUCAACCAUCACACUCAUCACCACAGACACCAAGAAGACAUAGACAUGGCCCAAAAAAUGAUCGAAGCUCACGAUAAAGUCUUCGAUGCCGUCAUCAGCAACGUCUUCAAGAUGACCGGCGAUCGCACUGCCAUUAAGGGUCGGGUAAAUACCAUACUCGAUCAACCCCCCGGCCCAAACUUUGAUACAGAAGCCGAUUACGUUCGCCAAAGAGAGGAGAUCUUGAAGCGCGAGAAUACAUUAUCAUUUGAUUUCCGCGCAAAGACACUGGCAUCAAAGAAGGAGCAGAGGGCUAACGCCAUCAUUCAAAAACUCAAGGUAAAGGACAAGGAGGAGGUGUAUGACAAGGCUGAGCCAAGGCAAGGACGGGGUGGUCAGAACCAUCCGCGGUUUGCUGCUGACCAUUUCUUGUCAAACGUCGACUUGAUCAACCAGACGAGCCUAUUCCGAGUCGCCGUCAAGAUGCCAAAGGGAGCACAUCUCCAUAUCCAUUUCAACGCUUGCUUGCAGCCUCAUGUAUUGUUGGGCAUCGCCGCGACCAUGUCCCGCAUGUUUAUCAAUAGCGAUUUGUCCUUGGCGCCGAGCGCCGCAAAGACUAACCUUCAACGUUGUGAAAUCCAGUUUUCCAUCUUAGCGGCUGGAAAGGAGAAGGGCAGUGAGGGAAACCUCUUCGAUGCCGACUACGCCGACGACAGGGACCGGCCAAGGAAAAUGAUGAAAUACUCGGAUUUCAUCCUCCAGUUUCCUAAACACUACAACGGCAUGGAGGCUGAGGAGUGGCUCACAACAAAACUUGUCUUCCACGAGGAUGAAGCACACAACGAGCUUCAAACAGUCCAGGGAGCAUGGGAGAAGUUCAACGGCCGGACGCGGAUGAUGAAGGGACUCUUCAACUAUGAGAAGGCCUACAGAGAAUACACACGAGGCAUUCUUGAAGAUUUUGUCCGCGACAACAUUCAGUAUGCCGAGAUUCGGCCUAACUUCAUGAAGACAAAUCAACUCUGGAGCAACGACGGUACGCAGCAAAUCGGCAACGAAGGUAUCAUGGAGAUAAUUAUCGACGAGUACAAAAAGUUUCAGAAGGAGACCAAAGACUACUUUGGCGGGCUGAAGGUCAUCUACUGCACCCCCAGGUCCUUUCCCAAGGAGACGGUGGCAUUUGCGCUCGAUGAGUGUCUCAGGUUCAAGCAAAAAUGGCCCGAGUGGAUUGCUGGAUUCGAUCUGGUCGGCGAAGAAUCACAGGGUCACCCUUUACGAUAUUUCAUAGAAGAAUUCCUUGCCUUCAGGAAGAAAUGCGAAGAAGCUGUCCCUAAAGUCGAUAUUCCAUUCCUCUUUCACUGCGGAGAGACAACAGAUAUUGGCAACGAAACGGACGGCAAUCUUGUGGAUGCCCUUUUGCUCAACUCAAAGCGCAUCGGCCACGGGUUUGCUCUGGCCAGGCACCCCUAUAUCAUGGAGCAUAUGAAGAAAAGGGGUAUCUGCCUCGAGGUGUGCCCAAUUUCCAACGAGGAGCUUGGUCUCACACCCCGAAUUGCGGGUCACUCAAUGUACAAUUUGCUCGCCAACAACGUACACUGCACAUUAAACUCGGAUAACGGAACAAUAUUCAGAUCAACUCUUUCGCAUGAUUUCUAUCAAGCGAUGGUGGGUAAGACGGACAUGACCUUGUACGGCUGGCGACAGCUCAUUGAGUGGAGUCUAGAGCACUCUUGCAUGUCAAAAGGCGAGCUCAAGAAAGUGCGGGAGGAAUGGGAGAACCGUUGGGGGCAGUUUUUGGACUGGAUUCUUACUGAGUUCAAGGAGUUGGAGUGAGAAACCUCAAAGUAGAGACCUGGAUGGAGCAUAUAUGCUCUUUGCCCGGCUUUUCCUUGGUAAAUGUUGAGAGAUACCAUGAGACAAAGAUAGGGAAGGUUUUAGAAGAUUUUAACGAUGAAUGUCUUAUGAUAUCGGAAGAGCAAUACUAUUCAUGCCUGUAUCAAAAACUGGCACAUGAAGUUGGCUCUUGCAGUGCC